GGUGGUCCCAAGGCCUGCUCUUCCACCAAGGUGCAGUGGACUGCGCCAGAGCAGCCCUAUUACUGCCCUUAGGCGUCUCCAUUUUGCACUGCCAACCUGUCCAUCGCUGCUCACUGGUCGAAACGGCCUUUCUCCUGCUUGUCACCGUCGCAACUGUCAACAUGCUCACCACCGUACUCAACGACUCUCCGGUCUUCCCUGAUGAUGAGGAAGAAGGUGAAAACGUCGCCACUGCAGAGCAAGCUCCUCUUCUCAUGGAUUCGCCGCAGUGCGUCUUGUUCGGGACUUUUAUGAUUUGGUUCGCCAGCAUUACGAUAAACUUAGGACCCACGUUCCUCUCGGGUGCCCUCGCAGCCCCAGGAGAUGCCGUACACAGAGCACCCUCCUGCCCGCUGAUCUACGGUCCCCUUCGUCACUACAUCCUGAACGCACUCUGGAUCUCAGUGAACUUAGUCUGCGUGUUCCUCACGCUCUUCCAUUUGAGGAAACUGCACAGGGACCUGACCAAAGCCAACGUGGAGGCCGUGAGGAUAGCGGGACUUGUCACCACCUUAGUCAACGUUACGGGAGCUGGAGGGGGGUGUAACCAAAUGGACGGAGGGUUGGUCAAUGGAGAUAGAGUCAGAAAUGCAACAGGUGCUUUGGAGGAACACCGGCGCAUGAGGGACUAUCUUCACAGGAUGGAAAGGGACGGUGUACAAAGGGUGAAAAUGUUCCUAGUAGUCACAGCAGCCUACGUACUAUUUUGGGGACCACUGUUCAUAGUCACGCUAGUCAAUCAUCCGGUUCUAGGAAAUGAACUAGGACAUGAGAUAACCCUGCACAUAUCGUACGUCCACGCAAUAGUGAACCCGAUGCUGUUCCUGGUAUUGCACCGUGGGCUGAGGAGGGCGACCUUGGACCUGUGCUGCGGUUGGGUGCCCAUUUGGUUAACGGCCGCCCCCGCGCCUCCAGCGCCGCCUCCUCCUCCACCCCCAAACAUCGCCCUGAUCAAGACGACAACGCCCGUGCGGCAAAUGAUGCCGCCUCCGCCGCCUGCCGCCCUACUGCUGCCCGUGCCGCCCCAUCCCGAUAGCUCUAUGGGAAACGCCGAUUUGAGUGUCUGGAGUCCCAAAUCGGAACUCCUCAACCAAUCUCUACCAGACCCGUUGCAACCGUCUCAGUUGCAAUCUAUACAACUGCAGUCACUGCAUCUGCAGCAGCCACAAUUACAGAAUCAACAACAACAUUCACUACAGAGUCUUCCCCUAUCCGAUCUACAACAAUCAACCAAGCACGCCCAGUACAUCCAAUCACCUGCUUCAGACGUCGCCUCGAACCUACAGUCAGCUGUACCGACCCAUAUCGCAGCUAAUAUGCAGCAAAGUCCUUCGAACCCUCUAUCACAGGGUUUACAGCAGCCUAAUCUCCCUUUACAGCAACAUUUACACAACGCGCAGCACAAUUUGUCGGACCUACAACAACCCUUAUCUACCCCGCAUGUUUUAUUGGCAUCUAGCAUGCAGCAACGUCCUUCGAAUCCCUUACCACAAAAUUUACAGCGUCCUAUUUCCCAGAAGCAAUUUUUACAGCAACCAUUAUCCAUCCCGCAGCAUGUUUUAUCGAAUCUGCACCAACCUUUAUCAAACUCGCAGGUCCUUUUAUCGGAUUUACAGCAGCCUUUAUCGAAUUCGCAGCACGGUUUAUUGGAUCUACAACAACCUCUAUCAAAUCCGCAGCCAAUUUUAUCGGGCCUGCACGAUAUGUCUACCCAGUACCCGCUGCAAUCUCCUCCAGCAGAUUUACAGUUGGAGGGGCAUUACUACAGCCCUGAACCUCCCCCUCCCCCCAAUGAAGGCGACUAGCUGUUGGAGUGGGACCGCUCCACUAAAAUAUAAAGCGGUCAGAAGGUGACAAGAUGUGAUCUUAAGCGACUGUGGUGUUCCGAAUUUCGUGAUAGGAACUGUAGGAUUAAGCGAAUGUUUUCAAGAAUAUUGUUAAUAAAAUGGAUAUUUUUUUAUGUAAUGAUGAGUCACGAAGAGAUAGAGGUGGAAGAAAUAUGGAAAUAAGAAUCGGGCUCAAAGUUAACAGUAUUUGUAUUAGAUUGUCGAAAUCAAAAUUUGAUAACGUGUCGAUUUCUGAAUCCGUUAACAGGGAUAUGGGUCCCUAGGGGACCAUUGAAAAUUGGUUCUUACUACAAAACUUCGUUAAAAACUCAUCGCAUAAUGGAGAAUUCACCAGAAACAAUCCUGCCUUGAAAAAGUGCGACCAUAACUGCUUCUCAUAUUUAUUGGGACCGCAAAAAUUCCCUACCGUCGCCUCCAGCCAUCUUGGAUGGCGGCAUUAAGGGCCUUUUUGCAUUAAACCAUUUACGACGGAAGUUCGCAACUACUAGUAAAGAUUAAUUAAUAUGUCUGGCAGAGCUGCUGCCUCGAGGUCCUCAAGAGAGUUUUUAUCAACGUAUAGAGAAUACUAAAAGUAGUAUCACUCAGCAAACUAGUUUCUACCCACAUCCAUCAGGCCGCCCAUGAGGCAGAUGAAGGAAGCUAUAAGCCGCAAAAGGAGAUGUCGGGAGGUAAAGGACGUCCAGGUAUACUGCAAAUACGAGGGGCACGCUGUAUAUUUUGAGAUGUGCAUUAACUAUACUAGUUAAAACCGGCAACAGUGCACUAUUAGAAAGGACAGACUUUUAUUAGUAAGUCGCCGCAUUCAGUUCAUUUACAAGCAUCUUACAGUACACGUGGUGUAAACAAAUUUAAGACGAAACAUGAAGUUGUCUCGAGAGAGUUAUCGCGCUAUGAUUUACUAUGACUUUAAAUUCGGUUUAACUGAACAUCAAUGUAUCGAAUGGUUACAACAGGCCAUGUUCUAAUGUGACUCCAGAAAAAAUUGCUAAAGUUUAGCGGCUCUUGGGGUAAAAGCCGCAACAGUGCACACCAUUUUGCAUGAUCAUCUUCAUUAAAAAAAAGUUGUUGCGUGCAAUCCACGACAAUCCCUUUAGCCACACUGCCCAACUAGACUUUUUACGCCACCGCCACAUCAAAAUGCUGGAACAUCCGCAUUAUUCGCCAGAUUUGGCAAUGUGUGACUUCUGGCUCUUCAACAAUUUGAAAAAAGAUCUGCGUGGUCGAAAAUUUUUAUCCGAAAAUAAAAUCGAAGAAGCAAUUAAUCAGUUUGUUGGAGGCAUUCUAAAAACUGGCAGGUUAGAAGCAUUUCAUUUGUGGAAGGUUAGGCUACAGAAGUGCAUUGAUGCUGGAGGAGAAUACUUUGAACAUAAACAAACUAGUUUUCCAAAAAUAGUUUUUAGUUUUCGUUCUAAGUAAUCAAUAUUUCGCUGCCGUGCCGCCAGGAUCCUGUGCUAUCUUAAAGUAUAAUCAUCGCCCAUCAAACGUUGCCCAAGCCUGACUCCAGGGGAUUAUUUCAAUAAAGUAUGUGAGCAAAAAAUCACGGUCAGUCAACAGAUUGGCUGUCACUGAAUGCCCAAGUGGUGGUUUCCAUUGCUGUGAGGAACUAUUUUUAACAGUAAUAAAAACUGCGAGCACCCUUCUGCUAGAGCGACCACUUUGCCGAGACUAUGGGAGUCCAAGCUUGAAAGGUUUUUCCGCAAGUGACCUAAGUAUUCGUAGCCUACAAUUUGCUGACGAUUCUCGGGCGACAGCAUCAAGAGUUUUUAUGCGAGCUGAGAAUAAAAUGGACGAGGCGACAAGUAGAUCUGGGACGUAUUUAAUUUGAUAUAGUGUUCAUUAAGAGCAAAGUGAUUGAAAAGCAAGAGCUGCGUCUCAGUUAUGUACUACUAAUUGCGACAGCGAAUGUCCAUUACCAGUUGAUCUCGUAUUAGAGAUGGAUAAAAUACAGAGGUCAGGUGAAAAUUUUUCAUUGCGUAAGAAGAAACACCACCACACCACUGCUUUCUUUCAAAGCUAUAAAAUAGACUGUAUGAUUUUAUUUCGUAAUGUUCAUUAUAAGCUAGAAUGUUUUUAAAGUUUCGCAGAGAUUUCCAUUUCUAACAGUACCAUAUAGUACGAAAUCCACAAAAUUAUAAUCAGAAUUGAAAAACACCUUUUAGUAUUUGAGAAAAUAGAAAAGUAUUCGUGACUCGUCAAAUACAAUCAAAUGAAGACGUUACAGACUAAAGAAUAUUUUUUGCAAGUACUACUUUAUUCCACAGACACUAAUUGAGGAAUUGAACGGAGGUGAUGUACAUAUAGAUGAAAUAAGAACAGAUAAAAACAUAACUACGAAUUACAUAUUACUGUGUACUAUAUUGAUAUAUCAAACAUAAGCACUGUCAACUAUUUUUAAUUAUCUGAAAGAACUGACUUAACGUUAAUUUAGUUAACUAGUAAUACAUCUUUCCUUCGUCUGACCACAGAGGGCCUACCAUGGAUCCCUCAGCAUGGUCUAGGCUUGGUCUCGGGUAGGACAACGAACGAAGUCUGAGCAACUAUCCUCUAUCCAGAGUUUAAGGUCUAUCAAAAUGAAACAGCACAAAGUGCCAUUUAUUACCAGAAUCGACCACUGUGAGAGUGAACACAGCAAACUGUCUUUUGGAACAGAACCCCAGUUCGCAUUUUAAGUCUGAUCACCCACUGUGACCGCUAGAUAUAUUACUAAUUUGCUUAAUGGCGAGUAGACCGUAUUCUACCAUAGCACCAGAAUCGGCAGCAUCUAGCGGUCACAGCCGUGACCCGGCUGACAAUGCGAACUUGGAUACAGUUCCAAUAGGCAGCUUGCUGUUUUAAUUCCUGCAGUGGUCGUUUCUGUUAAUGUGCUCUGAGCUCUCUUAUCUCUCUCGAUACACGUUAAUUUAAUAGUAGGCCUAAAACUCCAUUUUGCAAUUUUUUUAGUGUAUAUUUUUGGUCAGGCUAGGAAAAGAGAUCAUGUCAUGAAAAAAGCAUAACUGAUUUGUUUUCAACUCAAAUAAUGCUUUAAUUACUUUUAGUUUCAUUUGGGACCUUUUAUUUCAUCGAUA